GUCGGCAGCGGCGCGACGUAAGCAACGUGAUGAUGUCACAUGUAGGAAUCGCCGGGCCUGAGGAGCUGAGCUGAUGUGUGCGGCAGAGCCCAGUGUAUUUGAUCCCUAGUGGUUCUGAAGCAUGGACCCUGCGGCUGGGGGUGCUGUCGCUCUUCCCUGCUAGACGCAGCAGCUAAUGGAGAGUUGGGGGUAUGAUUAACAACAGUAAGUCUGGAUCUCUUCAUACAGAGCUGUGAUAGACAGUGGCAACAGUGAUUUGCCUUUUUUUCGGUCAUGCAUUGUGUCUGCUGGCAGGUUCACUCAGUGUAAAGAAGCCAGCCUGAGCAGAAAAAGGUAAAGUAUCAAGAUGGCCAUUUCACAGUUUCGACUUUUCAAGAUUUGCACUUGCAUUGCUUCCGUGUUAGCCUUCUUCAAGAGAUUAAUAUGCAGGUCUGGUCGAGGCAGGAAGCUAAGUGGGGAUCAAAUAACUUUACCAACUGCAGUGGAUUAUUCCUCUGUGCCUAAGCAGGUGGAAGAGUGGAGCUCAUGGGAUGAUGAGGCCCCCACCAGUGUUAAGAUCGAAGGUGGCAAUGGCACUUUGUCAACACAAACUUCUGUGGAGCAGGAUGAACCAGAUUACUUCAAGGAUAUGGCACCAACUAUCAGGAAAACACAAAAAAUUGUUUUAAAGAAGAGGGAUCCUGCCAACUUUGGGAACAUGGAUUUCUCUGAUGGAAGCAUUGGAUAUUCCAGCAGACUGGCAGCAACACAGGACAUUCCAUUCAUUCAUCAGUCCGCAGAACUGGGAGAUCUGGAAACCUGGCAAGAAAACUCUAAUGCCUGGGAAGAAGAGGGUGAUGCAUCCUGGCAAGCUGAGGAGGUGCUAAGGCAGCAGAAAAUGGCUGAAAGGGAAAAACGAAUGGCCGAGCAGCAAAGGAAGAAAAUAGAAAAAGAAGCCCAGAGACUUAUGAAAAAGGAUCAAAACAAAAUGGGUGUCAAAUUGUCCUAAUGGGCAGCGUCUCGUGAUACAGAGGGUGCAGUGACCGUUGCACCGUUCCACAGUCUCCAAGACAUUUAUAGCAGAACCCACAGGGAAUCCUGGGAAAAAAAAGGAAACAUUCUUUUUUUUAAAUGUAUUUUUUUUUCCAAGACACGGUGCUGGGAUUUCCGGGUGCAGUGACCCUUUAAGUUAUUUUUAGGAUUCUGGAAAAUUGCAUCAUGUCAAAUUGGCCUCCAUGGACUAAGAGCAUGGAGCAUUCUAAACGUCAAAAAUUAAAGGGUGUAAAUAAUUCAGUGGUGGAUAAUCUGCUGCUCUAUUAAUGCUUUCAGGAAAUACGGAAUUAAUAAAGAAUUUUAAAGAAACGUGAAUGCAUUUCAUCUAUCGGAUUUUAUUCCAAUAAUAGCACAUUUCGGUAAGUAUGAAGAAUUGGCUGAUCUCAAUCACUGACUGUAUUGGGGUUUUAAUUUUUUGUUAAUGAAUGGUUUUAUCAAAUAAAAGUUUCUCUUCAAA